UCUGUGUGUGUGCAGCUCUGAGCGGCAGCAGCACGGUUUGGGUCGCACAUGUUAAAUGGAAGAAACCCAGUAAAGCGAGGGGAACAAAAACUACGUGAAAUGAGAGAGUGAGCAGAAGAAUAGACACAAAACUAGACCUCCUUCUUGAAAGACCUUCUGAGAGCUGGAGGAGGACACAUCGUUAUCUGUCGAAAUGGAUUUUCAAGAUAAAGAAAUUAUCCCUGGAGAGAUUCUGCCUGUGGUGAUCAUCGGUAACGGCCCCUCAGGGAUCUGCCUCUCCUACCUACUGUCGGGUCGGACCCCCUACCUGUCGCCGGAGGUAUCGCACCCAAACCCCCUGCUGAGCAGCAAACUGGGGGAACAGCCACAUCUGUCACUGCUGGAGCAGGACCUGGAGUACCUGUGUGAGGGUCUGGAGGGCCGCUCCUCUAACCCCGUGGCGGUGCUUUUUGAUUCGCUGCUGCUCCCUGACAGCGACUUUGGUCUGGACCACUCGUCUCCUCUGGACUGGAGAUACGAGCCUGAGAGAUCAGUCCCUCACCUGGUGCUGGGGAGGGGCCCGCCGGGGGGCGCCUGGCACGCUAUGGAGUGCUCCAUGCUAACACUCAGUCUGGCUAACUGGAUGGAGCUUCCUGGACUCAAACUCAAAGACUGGAUGAGGGAGAAACGCAGAAAUGUCCGUAAUGACCGAGCCACUCCCGCAGAAAUCGCCUCUUACUACCAGCACUACGUUUCCCAGAUGUCAUUGGAGCAGAACUUCGCCUGUGGGACAACCGUAACCGGGGUAACCAGGCAGCCUAGCAACCAGGAGGGAUCGCCGCCCUGCUGGAGGGUGACGGGACUGCAGCGGCGCGAAGGGGAGGAGCUGGGAGAUGGUUCCACUGUUUCCGACGAGGUUCCGUUCUCGCUGCUGGCUCAUAACGUGGUUCUGGCGACGGGAACCCACGACAUCCCAGCCCGACUGGGAGUCGAGGGCGAGUCGCUGCCCCACGUCUGCCACUCCUUCUGGGAGCUGGAGGCCGCCAUCUCCCGCGGAGAGCUCGACCAAUCAUCGGACCCCGUGCUGGUGGUGGGGGCGGGGCUUACUGCGGCGGACGCUGUUCUGGCAGCCCAUCACCUGAACACGCCGGUGUACCACGUCUUCAGACGCUCCGUCAACGACCCGGGGCUCAUCUUCAACCAGCUGCCCAAACUGCUCUACCCGGAGUACCACAAGAUUCACCAGAUGAUGACUCAGCAGCAGUACCAGGCCCCGCCUCCCCCUCAAAGCCACGCCCACAACCUGCAAACCUCCUCCUCUUCUUCCUCUUCCUCCCUUCCCCCUGCCUCCUCUUCCUCCUCUUACUCGGGAUACCUCAGUUUCCCGCGAUACAAAGUAGUGGCGUUCAGACCCGACAAGAAGUGCGUCCUUGAGUCGGAUUCUGGCGAACGCACGGUUCUGCAGAUCUCCAAAGCGCUGGUUCUGAUUGGAGCUCAUCCAAACCUCUCCUUCUUGCGGGAAAAUGGCCGAGCACUGGGAAUCUACCCGGAGGAACCCAUUACUUGCCGAAGGAACCCCAUAGACGUGGAUCCGUUCACCAACAAGGUUCUGGGGGCGGAGGGGCCCGGUUUGUACGCCAUGGGGCCGCUGGUCGGGGAAAACUUCGUCCGGUUCCUGAAAGGUGGAGCGUUGGCGAUAGCGAGCGAUUUAGCAAAGAGACAUCGGGGGGAAGAAGAGGAGGACGGAGAGAAAUACCUGGCGAUUGACAGAUUUAUGGACAGACAGAAGAGGACGGAAAAUGAGGUUCGGGAGUCGUAGCACGGCACAAAACACAUUUUAAAACGAAAACACAGAAGAAAGGAAAUCGAACUCGCUGCUAAAUGAUGAUUUUAAGACGGGACUUGCACUGGUUUUGGGAAAGAAUAAAAUAACGCCUGCUCUUGAGAAACGUGGGUGUGGGUUGGACUCUGGAGCGAAAGACGUGAAAUUCUUUACAUUUACAUUUUUAUUCUGGAAAGGCUUUACUUUACCAACUGGAUAAAACCCUCUAUCAUCCACUGACGUUGGGCUCUGACAGACGACUAAAUGACAUUUGGACAUUUGUUAUAUUUGUGUAGUCUGUGAAACACUAGAAACAAAAACACCUAAAGCCAAACUGGUCUACCUGCAAUGGGAAAAGACGCCUGUUUAUCACUGUUUAAAAAAACCUGCAUUUACGCACAAAUUGACAUGUUUACUACCUGGAAGUAGAUCCUGGAGGUCGUGAACCCCACCCUCACUUUAUGUGUUUUGAUGAUUGACUUUAGCCUCUUCCCCACUGGAUAAAACACCCAGAACUGAGACAUAUAAUAAAUAGACACAUUUUUUAUAAUUUAUGACCUUUUUAAAAGGCUUUUAUUUGUUAAUGUAAUCUCCCUAAAGCCCCCAGAGUACACUGACAGAAAAUGUUACCGCAUAUAAACACACUUUUAAAAACUCUGUGACCCUAACCCUAUUUCUAUCGGGUGAAUAAACACACAUUUCUAUAGAAAGGGUUAUAGAGUCGGACAGGUCUGCAUUUUGGACGAUGAUACGUAUAUCUGUAUUACAACGCUCCGGUGUCCAUAUAUUGGGCAAUACUGUUGUUACUUAUAGCACGUUUCCACUGCAGCGGGUAGCUCACUUUAAGCGUGCCGAGCCGUGCGGGGCCCGUUUUUGGUUGCGCUUCCACUUGGCCUAGUUUUGGCCCGGGGCUACUUUUUCACCUUUUUUCUGGCCCGACUAAAUCGUGGUUCUAGGGCCAGGAACAACCAGGCUGAGUCGGGCUGAGUAUGCUAAACUAGAGAGAGAAUCGCUGGCAAGGG